AUGGUAAAUAAUAACAGGAAAAGUGCAGUCAUGAAGAGAAGGAAAUUAACAAAACGUCCCCCAUCAGGACAGGAGCAACUGGUGAAUGAACCGGAUUUGAAAAAACAGAAAGCCCAGGGACAUUUAGAAGAAGAGGAGGAGGAGGAGGAGUUGGAAACGAACCAGGAGCUGACACCGGAGGAGAAGAGGACAUUGGAAAGGAAGCUGAAGAAAGAGCGCAAGAAGGAGCAGAAGAAAUUAAUGCGAGAGGCGGGGAUCGUCGCCAAGGAGGAAGAAAUUAAAAAACCAUCAGGCUCCAAACUGGCACUGGAGUAUUUGACAAGCUGGUCCGAAAACCCUGAAGCGUGGAAAUUUCAGAAGACCAGGCAGACGUGGCUUCUUUCGCACAUGUACGAUAAAGACAAGGUGCCUGACAAAUAUUUUUCCAUUUUGUUGCGGUACCUCGAGGGGCUCCAAGGCAGCGCACGAGCAGUCACUGUGCAGAAAGCGGAAGCUCUCGUGAAAGAAUACGAUGCUUCUGGAAUGGAAGGUCCCGGCCUUCUGGAGAAACGCGAGCGCAUCCGGAACGUUCUCCAGUUGUUGUCAUGAAAACGUGGCGUC